UCUUUUGUGCGGUGGCUGUGGUUGUGAUAAUGAUCUGAUGAUGAGGUGCAAAAUAGUGUUAGUGAUAACCGCAUUUGGACUAUUAAACGGAUGUGCGGCGGAAUUAGUGCAAGAUGGCCGAUGCGAAGACAUCGCUGGAAUUUCUUGGGACCUAGAACAAUUUUCCGAGAAUUUCUGGACGGUAACACGUCAGCUAGGAGACCCAGCUAAAGAUUGUUCCAAAAUAAAAAUUAAUGUAGAUAAUGAAUCUAAUACAGCCACGAUUAAAAAUGAAGCUGUCGUGGAAAAUUUCUACUUGGAAGAAAAUGGCAUAAUUACACCCCAAGAUGGUACAAACAAAGCAACAGUAACUUGGGAUCACACCGAUGAAGUUCUGGACCUAGUCGUAUUAAAUAUAGCGCCCGUUUUCGCUGUAGUCUCUAACUGUAGACCUGUGGAUGACUCGAGAAGAGCAAUAAGCAUUUGGCAACUUCAAAAACCAGAUACAAAUUUAACCAAUGCUAUGAUAAGUAUUAUCAAUACAACACUUGUAAGAGAAUUCGGAAUUCAAAUUGGUCAUCUUCAAUUAUUGGACCAUUCAGAGAACGCGUGUUAUCAACUACCAAAGAUUCCAGCUGGUCAGCCUGUUAUAUUGCCAUUAAAGUGCAAGAAAGAUACGCCGGCUGUACAGAACUUCGAUAUUUUAAAGUUUCUCGGAUCUUGGCACGAAAUUGCCAGUUACUAUUCAGAGCACGUGGUUGGUACUUGCGCAAGAGCUGAAUACACCCUCGGCGAUGAUGGAAUAGUGAACGUACUAAAUAACUACGUAGUUAGUCAAGGUCUAACCACUACGUCUGGUAAUGCAACAGUUAUUGAUGAAAACAACAGUGGAAAGCUAAGGGUUACUUUAGAAGUUACACCAGGAGAAAAUGUGACACGUGAUAUCUUGAUCCGAGCGACGGACUAUGAAAAUUAUGCGAUUUUAUAUAGUUGUGACGAUCUGCCAGAUGAUAAAUCUAGAGUUUACAGCUGGAUAUUAAGCAAGUCUCCUAGUCUAUCUGAAAGCUCACAACGGGCUGUGAACGAAGUCAUCAACUCCCAACUGGACCUAAACAAUGCUUACUACCAGGAAACACCGCGAACUGAUGAUGACUGCUUCUACUACCCCGAAGCAAACCCAGGAGAACCUGUUAUAUUCAGAGGGCAAUGUGACGAUGUCCCUGUUAUGCCAAACUUCGAACCUAAUAGAUAUCUCGGACUAUGGCAUAAUAUAGAAUCAUACGCAUCCAAAUUCCAAACCGGUACCUGUAGCAAUGCGUAUUACUCAGCUGAAGCUGAUAAUGGGGAAAUAGGCGUGUUCAACACUCAAGUGAUCAACCAAACUCUAGACACCAUAAACGGGAUCGCAUCUGUGCCUGACCCUGAGGAACCGGCGAAAUUUGUAGUUUCAUUUCCAGUUGAGGACGGAUUUAUAUCGAUAGACUAUUGGGUAUUGGACACCGACUAUGAGACUUACGCACUUGUGUACUCCUGUAUUAAUGCCGAAAAUAAUGAAAGAUAUGUAUUCAGUUGGAAACUGAGCAAAACAAAAUCACUGUCCGAAGAGGCAAAACAAAAAAUUGAUAAAAUAAUUGAAAAAGUUCCCGUGUUAGACCAAAAGUACUAUGAACCUAUUAAUCAGAGUAGGGAAGGAUGCUUCUAUUUCCCUGAUCCAGUACCAGGAAAACCGGUAGUCUUCCCUGGCCAGUGUGAUGAAGAUUUAGCUGUACCAAGUUUGAAUUUGACAAGAUUUAAUGGCACAUGGUACGAGGUAGAAGCAUACCCGAUAGACCAACGAAGUGGGCAUUGCAUUCACCAUGAGUACACAGCUGGAUCAGAGAAUACAUUGAAUCUACAAUCGGAACAAAUUGAGGAUCAAAACUUGACAAUUGCCACGGGCACUGUGACAGCCGAUACGCAAAAUAGUGGACGAUUAACAAUCUCCCUUACAAAUAACAAAGGCGAAAUAGUGAAUAUCCCCUUCUGGAUUAUCAGUACCGACUAUGAUAAUUACGCAUUAGCAUACAGUUGUGACAACCGAGAUGACGAUUUUAGAAAUAUUUUUAGCUGGAAAUUGAGUAGAACGAAGACAUUGUCGCCAGAAGCCAAUGUUGCGAUCAACAACGCAAUUUCAACAAUUGAUGUAUUGGGGAACGAUUACUACGAAAGCAUUGAUCAGUCUGAUGAGGCCUGCUUCUACCUACCUCACUUGGAACCGGGACAGCCAAUUAUUCUGCCGGGAAAGUGCGACCCCAAUAUUCCAGUUGUGCGGGAUUUUAACCUAUCCAUUUUCCUCGAACGGUGGCGACUCAUCGAGAGCUACCCGACGGACUUCCAAACCGGUACCUGCAACGAUGCAACGUACACCUUCCUGCCAGACGGUUUGAUCCACAUAUACAACACCCAAGUUAUCAACCAGACCUUGGAUACGAUCAAUGGAUCCGCCUACCUGAUUGAUAAUGGGAAACUUUACGUCGAAUACCCUGGAGUUCAACCAAUGGAAUUAUGGGUCUUAGACACGGAUUAUUCGUCGUAUGCCCUCAUUUACAGUUGCAUCGACAUAAACGAAAAUGAAAGGAGAGUGUGGAGCUGGAAGUUAGGACGCAAUACAUACCUUUCCAAUGACUCUAUAAGUUCAAUCGACUUGGUAAUGAAUGGCAUAAACGUAUUAAACAACCGCUACUUCCAAACUAUAAGUCAUUCUGCCGACGACUGCUUCUACUUCCCUGUACCAAGCGAUGAGCCAGUAUUCUUUAGAGGGCAAUGUGAUGAAACCAUACCAGUAGUAACAGAUUUUGAUCCUGAAGCGUACGCAGGUAAAUGGUACGCCAUCCAAAGUUACCCAUUGGAAUUCCAAUAUGGCACUUGUCUAAGCGCACUGCAUACCUUCGACCAAGCGACAAGAAGCUUCGAGAUAUACAACACCCAAGUUUACCUACAAAGGUUAAAUACAAUGAAUGCAACGGCUGUUCUAGAUAGCAAUGGUACAGGCAAACUAAAUGUCUCAUUCCCAGUACCAGGAUAUUUCUAUCCUGUUGAUAUCGUCACACCGUAUUGGAUCUUAGACACAGACUACGACAAUUACGCAUUGGUUUACUCGUGCGUCAACUAUAAUGAUGAAUAUAUGCGAGUGGGAUAUUGGAGACUAAGUAGAAACAGAACAUUAUCGCCAGAAUCUGUUGAUGCGAUCGAAAACAUCACCAAGGAUUUGAAGAUAUUAGACGAUAGGUAUUUGAUCACUUGGGGGCACGACGAUAAUGAUUGUUUCUACUAUCCGGAACUGACGGACGGUCAAGUGAUACUGGAUGGGCAAUGUGAAGACAACAAUAUCACUGUUGUUAGCGGAUUCGAUCCCAGUCAGUUCGAAGGAGUCUGGCAUGAACUUGAACGGUUCCCUUCAAAGAUUCAAACUGGAGACUGUUCCGGUAUCAAUUUCGUAUUAAAUACAUCCAACAAAUUUACUGUAACCCAAAAUAUUGUGUACAAUGAACGGCUGCAGACUUACACCGGACCCGCUUUGGUAGCUUCUGAUGGAUCUGGAGUUAUCACUGUUGACCUCAGUGAUGAUAGUGGAGCUUCAAUCAAUCUGAACUUGUACGUUUUGGACACUGAUUACGAAGAAUUUGCACUCCUCUACAGUUGCAGGAACUUCAACGAGAACCAGAAACAAGUUUUCAGUUGGAAACUCGGUCGAUACCAGUAUCCUCUGUCCCCACAAGCAAACGAGCGUAUAGACGCCAUCGUCACGAAUAACACCGACCUCUACGCGGGCUACUACGAACACACGGACCAAAGUAACGACGCGUGCUUCUACUAUCCUCGGUUCGAUGAACUACCCAACUACAUCACUCUACCUGGACCGUGUGACGAGAGAAUACGAGGAGUUAGCGGCUUCGAUCUUAACAGAUACACUGGAAGAUGGAUCGAAAUCGCUAAAUACCCACAACCUUAUCAAUUUGGUACUUGCGAUCGAGCUGAGUACGCCUUAGUGAAUGGAAUAUUGGAAGUGAACAACACUCUAGUGGCAAACAGGACGUUGCUUUCACAAUUUGGAUCCGCAACUCAAUCUUCUAAUGAUGGCAGUGGAGUAUUCGAUAUUACUUUUGUCAUUGAUGAUGAGGAAAUAGUGGCCAAUUAUUAUGUGCUCGCGACCGAUUACGAUUCGUACUCUCUCGUGUACAGCUGCCGUAACUUGCCCGAUGGAAACAGACAAGUAUUCAGUUGGAAACUGAGCAGGACCUUUACUCUAAGCGCACAAGCAAACAGCAUCAUGGACCAAGUCAUCUUAGACACGCAAGGUCUUAUUGAAGAGUAUUACACACCGACCAGCCAAAGCGACGAAGACUGUUUCUACGUGCCACCAGUUGAUACACAAAAGGCGCCAGUGUUCAGAGGCCAGUGUGAGGAUAUUGUUGGACUAGAGAAUUUCGAUAUAGAACAGUUCCUCGGUUGGUGGCACGAAAUCAAGAGUUAUCCAAGAGACACCAAUCCUGGCGACUGCACCAGCUCACGUUACGACAGCGCUGAUGACCAAGUGGAAAUGGUUGAUACCGGUAUAUUUGAUGUCACCGCUGAAAUCACUACCGGUGCUGUACGCGUUGAUAGCAAUGGACGCCUAUUGAGGACUUUAAGCGAUGGACAGGAGCAAGAAAUUUGGGUACUAGCGACCGAUUACAACGAAUAUGCUGUACUCUACUCAUGCGAAAACAUCGAUAGUGAACGUCGGCGAGUCUGGAGUGCUAUACACAGCAGGAAUCGUACGACUCAGUUCACUGAAGCAGCCCAAAUUGCAAUCGACGAAGUGGUGGAUAACAAUGAAGUCCUCUACCCCCAGUUCUACCAGGAUAUCGAUCAGAGCGACGAUGCCUGUUUCCAUUACCCACUGCAAACGGGCCAACAAAUCAUAUUGCCUGGGCAGUGCGACCAAAAUAUACCAAUAGAGCAGAACUUCAGUCUUCAAAUGUACACAGGAAAAUGGUAUCAGACUGAAAGAUAUAUUAAUACCCAUGAAAGCGGAACUUGUAUUGGGGCUGAGUAUAAAUUGGACUUUGAGGCUGGACUCCUGACCAUUGUGAACUGGGCUGUGAUCAAUGAUGAGCUGGUAACCGUCGAAGGAACAAUCGCUGUCACAUCAGAAGAUGGUAGCGCGAAAUUGGUAAUGGAAAUACCAGUUGAAGGGACAGAAGAAACUACAAAAACGGAACUGUACAUAUUAACGACAGACUAUGCGAGUUACUCACUACUGUACACUUGUACCAACAUUGACGAAUAUUACAGAGCCGUUGGCGCCUGGAAGCUAAGCCGUACACGGACAAUGCCAGGACCUAGUUCGUCGGCGAUCAACCAAUACAUGAGUACUAGAAAGGAACUAUAUCAGCCGUAUUUCAUCUCAGUGGUUCAGUACGAGGACUGUGAUGAACCAGAUUCUUCUACGUUAAUAAAAAGCAGCAUUGUUGUUACUAUUAUUUGCCUCACCAUACAGAAGCUGUUAUAAUUAUUAUAUAUAAUAUAAAUAGAUAUAAAAAUAUAAAAUAUAAAGUACUCCAUAACAGUAUUAUUGUAAUGAUCGUAUACCAUAAAUACUGACAGAAACUUAGGUAUUUAUUAUCUAAUAACACGUAAGAUUAAGUUUUAAUUGUUUAAUAAAAAAAUAUCUAAA